AUGCCCCGUCCUGGUCCCUCUGGAUGCUUCCGAAACUCACCUCGGCCGAAGUGGACCCCCCGCCUCGACACCCUCGACACCCUCGACAUCCCCGAUGCCCAUUUGAACCCUUCUCUUGCCAUCUCAAGCUGCGCUCACUCUUUUUUUGUCCGCCAAAAUUUGAUGAUACUGUCCAGGCUCGCCGUACAGAAGCACUCGCUCUCCCUCGUCCGUACCAUGACCACGAUGUCCAGUCUGCAGCGCAUGUCCGCGAAGUCUCUCUCUGAAAAGAUUCUGGCCGAGAAGGACACGGCCGAUACGUCGUACGCCAUUAUCGACGUGCGCGAUGACGACCACGUAGGCGGCCACAUCAAGGGUUCCGCCAACAUUCCCAGCGGCCAACUCGAAGCCAUGAUGCCCACCCUCGUGCGCAAGCUGCAGGACAAAAAGACGGUCAUUUUCCACUGCGCCCUCAGUCAGCAGCGUGGCCCGAGCGCCGCACUCAAGUAUCUCAGGGAAAGGGACGGGCUGCUCGGGAGCCCGGGUGGCGGGAAGAAGAUUGGCACACAGCAGGAGGUGUAUGUGCUGGACCGGGGGUUCGUCGGCUGGCAGCAGGCUUAUGGGAGCGACGAGCGGCUGACGGAAGGGUAUGUGAAAGACAUUUGGGAGAGUUGCUGA